AAAGAUGUAUAUAAGGGGGUAGAAAAAACACUUCAUUUGGACAAUGUUAUAAGAUUGCAACGAUUAGCUUACAUUCCACUAAUAAUCACCCCGUACGUACGUAAACACACACGUGUGUUUGAAUUCAAUACCCUUAAUUGCACACAGCCCUCUGCAUCGCAACAAUCCUAAUUAACCACGAAAUUUCACAAGUGGUUGAUUUGAUGAUGGUUCCCCCCUCCGUGAGAAAAUGGUCGCUCCCAUUCUCCAUCUCUCUCUCUCUCUCUCUCUCGACCCUAAUGUUUCACCUCAAGAGAUGCGGGAAAAGCAUAGAGGAGUAAUUUCCCAUUGGCACUGUGCAACCACUGUGUGUUCCUCAUCACCCGCCUCUCUCUCUCCGUGUGUGUAGUAUAGAUGGGGAUGCUCAGAACAUCCCGCUCCCUGUUAGUGCAUAAUUCGCCUGCCUCAUAGAUAGCAACUGCACUGUGUCCUUGAUGUGUAGUAUAGUAGCAGCACUAUGGUUAGUCAGCAGCAUCUCUGAAGCUAAAAGGCCCUCCCAUGAAGGUUCUAGUAGCGUGGAUUAGAUAGCAGCUCUUGAAGAGGAAUGCUUUUUUGUUCUUCUUUUUUUUUAGCCGGCAACCCCGUUGUUUUUUAGUCUCAGCAUCUUGAAGGAUCAAUCCAUCACGGUGAAAUGCUUCGGUGUGAUGUCGCAGAGGAACGUCACGGAUGUAAUGAUUGCAUUCCUCCUAAUGGGGGAUGAAUUUCACGUGCUGUAGUAAUGCUCGUUUUCUUCGUUGUUUCGCAUACAAUUUGGAUGUAUAAAGCAGGUGGUUAGAUUGCCUCAUCCGUCCAGUAGCCAGUGGAUGUUUAAAUUAUCGUCUCUGAGACGGAGGAAAUGUGGUUGUGGGAACAUCUUCUCAUGGACCAGUGUCAACAUCAAGGUGCUGUGUUGGUAAGACAUGCAUACUCGGAAACCUAGUGAACAUCUUGCCAUGGUUUGCUCGCAAGGGUAUUACUAAAACUUCUCUCUUUAUUUGACGAUGACUGAUGACUUCAAGAAUAAACGGAUGCUGAUUUGAAUUUAGCUAAGUGUGUAAUGAAGUAUCGAUUUACGUUUAUAAGAUGCUGCUCAAAUUUGGAUGUUAGAAUUAUAAAUUCGUGUCGUUCUUAUUCGCUGUAAAAAACUGGUUACCCACACCGUCAAAAUCGCAAUCCGGCAUCCAUGUUCUGCGUUUUAUCAGACGCGAAAUGGUCGUCGGGCUUUGACCUGGUGUAGCAUGACGGCAUGGGCAACCUAAGCAGCCAGGAAGACGACAGCUAUACUGACGACUCUUUGAUGUCAGAACGAUCUGCCAGAAUGAGACCGAGUAGAGGUCACAACAUACCCAUUGAGCCUCCAGCGGCCGACUUAAGUCAUCUAACGGAGCAGGAACGAGCCCACAUCUUGUCCGUGCUACAGAGGGCGAGGGAUUUGCAGACAAGGGAUGAACGACGAGUAAGGGAUCUUGAAGAUGACUUCUCAAACUAUGCUGCCUCUGUCCUCCAACGUUCAUCCGACGCUACAACGACGGCAGAGGUCGACGCAGCCGCCGGGGCAGCGCCGGUCAAGCAGCGUGACCUGUGCCCUAUAUGCCACCAGACUGAACUAAUACCCGACCCCCAACCAGGUACUGCCCAGGAGGGCCUAUCAUGUGGAGACUGUGAGCGUAUUGUGUGUCUACAGUGUGGGUUUUACACGCCAGCGAUUACGUCAGAUACAGAAACUUGGCUGUGCAACAUGUGCCAAAGGAGGCGACGAUUCAUCGCCACCUCGGGCUUAUGGCACGUGGGCCGCCGUAGUAAUGGUCGCUUCUCUGGCUCCAAGCUACAAAGGCGUAGUAGUUUGGACGAGACAGAAAGCGCGCUCAAAAGAUCUGCCAAAAAGGCUCACAAGCUGGAGCGCAUGGCUUCCUACUCCCAGUACGAAGAGAUGAAGACUGACCAUGACAGAACGCGCGAGGGCGCAAUCUCAUCCCCCUCACCAGAAGGUGCAUGCGCUGCAUCUGUGGGUCCAUCCAGCGCUAUUUCGAAUCAGCCCAGACGAACACCGACAGGUGGGCGGGAAAAAUUCAACGCUAGGACAGAAACCGCACCACCGUCCAAGCCACCACGAUCUGCGUCGCGGGAUGAUCCGACUUCAUCUUAUUCCCGCACCGACACGCACCAGUACCCGGACGGUGGCCAAACGGCAGCAGUGCUGUCCCAAGCCUUGGUACAUCAGGACAGUAACUCCACCGACGCGAUGACGAUGUCAUCAGCAAGCAGUGCCGAGAGGAUGCAAGAGACCACCACCGAGGAAUCCGAGAUUGAUUUCGACGAGGAUGAGAUGAUGCGACAGCUUCUUGAGAUGGCAGGUGAUAAAAACACCAAUGUGAGUACCGAACCUGUGGAUACCGAAGGCGAGCAAAUACCGGGUCAGCUGUCGCCAGAUUACGGGGAUGUGGAAGAGGAGACUAAGGACAACACUGAGCAGGACCUGAGCAAUAAUAACACCGUCGAGGACUAUGCAACACAGCAUGACGGCAAGCAAAGUUACCUUCAGAGACGGUUUGGUGACUUGGAUGUCUUAUACGAGGAAGACACCACCACGAGGGAGCCUGGGACAUCUCACGAGUCACAGGAAGGGGUUCAGAGCUUCUCGGCGAAAACUAUGCUAACUGAGCGCGAACGAGAGCUCGUACAAGAAACCGGUAGAAACUCACGAUCAAAAAUACUUAGCUUUUCGCAAAGAUCCUCAUCUGCAGAUUGCACAGGGGACGAUGAGGUGAAAGCAAACGGUGCAAAAGGCAUUACAAGUAGCUCCUCAUUUGACUCGUAUGAAUAUCACAGUGAUAGUGAAAUUAAGUCAAGCAGAUCCCGAUUAGGUAGAGACAUGAAGGACAUGUCAACUCUAUCGGGAAGCGAUCCCAGGUUGGUAUCUGAUUCGGAAUCACCGAACGGGGACUCAAUCAAUGCCUCAAAAGGAACCCUCGAGAAAUUGUUUGUGCCUCAAUCCUCGCCAGAUGACUUUGCCACCGAUGAGAAAUAUCGAUCGGUGGAAGACUUGACCAAAAUUGGAAAGGAAGACUCUGUAGCAUCCGGCGAUACCGACAACGGUACAACUAGAGUUGGAACGCCCGCUGUCGGCCAGCCACAGUUCCAGUACAGCAAACAGAAACCGAACAGUUUACCCAGGAGGCGCAGAAGCAGGCCCGUAAUGGAGCUUCCACUGUCGCCAAUAUUUGACGAGGAGGCAGGGUCACCUGAUGAUGACCUUGAGCAUCCGGCUGGAGAUUUCUCGUCCCCAGAGUACGCUGAUCCUUCACUAGCAGAAGACUCGCCGUUUGAGUACGAGUACGAUGAUGACGCAGAUGCCUCACAGGAAGGUUUGUCUUCAGAUGAUGAUAAAGAGCUACCAAGGACCAAGGAUGACCUCCAGGCAAUGGAAGGAGAGGAAACUGAACAGCAAGAAUUUGUUGAGGAUUUUGCCAUCAGAUCAAGGGAAGAUGGUUUGGAAACAUUAGUAGAAGAACAAGAAGAGGUACCAGAACAAGACACUGUCCGGGAAAGACAGCAGCCAGCCUCAACGAACAUUGUCCAGACUCAUGAGUCCAUAACAAGAUCCCUUUCAUCUGAAAAACACAAGACAGAACAACUUUUGAGAGAGGCUGUUGACAACGAUCGAGGUGCAGCAUCAGUCGAACACACUGGUAACAUAGAUGAUGCAGACAGUGAGACCCGGUCAGCAACCAAGGAGCAGUUCAAACACUUACAAAGACACUCUCAAGAUGAUAUCAAUUCUUCAUCAAGCCUCACAAGCAGCCAAUCGUCUGACGAACCGCCUGACACUGUGCGGUCAAACCAAGACACAAAAGAUGCACAUGGUCCCAGACCCAAACCCCCUCCUCUUGGCAACUUACCUGCAAGGUACAGCAUGGAAGCCUACUCCAGUCUAGAAUCAGAAGAAGGCAAUAGCUUGCUGAGCUCACCACGGACUCCUAGUUAUGAUACUGAUAGUUUUGAAAGACCAAAAGUUGCAAGCCCUGGGAGGAAAGCCGCUGAGUUGGACUCUCCUCUCAGUCCUGGCUUCAGAUUCUCACCACCGGCAACCCCGAAGCAUCUCCUUGAAGCUAGUAAACACAUGAAUGAUGAUAGCUACUCUUAUGAUAACUCACCGAGUGAACUGUCUGAUGAAAUCCAAAUGUCGCCCGUCACUCUUACAGUAUGUAAAUCGGUUAUCACGCACAUGGGUACCAGCUUCGAUGACUACAGCGGACCGUUUCCGACGAGCCAGACUGUGGCUAAUGCAGUCGGUCCAGAUCUACCUUCUUUUGUUGACUUGCCAUCAGCCAAGCCUAUUCCUCAAACAGUGGAGGAACCAGAAGCCAGCAAGAAGAAAGCGAACACAGCAGAUGCUUGUACCGGGACGCAGACAGAGCACAUCUUAAGUGUCAUGAUUCCUAAAUCUUCUCCAUUUCGCCGCUCAGAGGAAGAAAAACCCAAAUCAGUCAAGAUGCAAUCGACCUCUUCACAAACCACCACACCCGUAUCAGACACAGACACGAGCGCGGGAAGCUCCCCAAUAAAACAGACUCCUAAAGCGAAGAUACUCAAAGACGCUGGUACCGAUGCAACACUCGACAGUCCUUCCUUCUCUCCCAUGUCUCCAAUGCAUGUAAGCACCCACCAUGCAAAGACGACCAGCAUCGCAGUCGGCACCAGCCCGGAGUAUUCCCCUCCAUCGUCGGCACCUUCGACAGACACCGAAUCGGUCGCUAGUCGGUCUUCUCGACUCAAAUACGUCCAUGGUGGAUUCGGGAGUGACGGUGAUACCACUGACUGGGGAGCUAGUAUGCCCUUCUCCUCGAUAGCCUCGUCGAGCGGUGCCUCGAGCCCCGAGAGAAGCUCCUCCUUACGGUCGACACCUUUGAAGUACUUGCCUCUUGAAAGUAGUAGUGCAUCCAAUACAUCACCCCCUGCUGCCAGGAGAAGCCGUGCUGACAGAGAGACAUCAACUCAGCGAGGAUCAACAGCUCCGGCUAGAACACGUAUGAUGAGAGAAAGUGUGAGCUCAGAAAGAAGGACGUCAUCGAGCGAUAUCGACAGUUGCGAUAGCGAUGGUGGUACACCGUCAAGCACACCGAGAAAGGUUCGACGUCGCCUGCCGUCUAUCCCAGCCGACCAGGUGCCCGUUACCGCUCCCCGGAGCUCGGGCUCCCACAAGGUCUUCCUGGAGAAAGACCAGAACAUAUCCGACCCGAGCAAACAGCUCGAACUGCAACGUGUUAAAGAGAUGCUGAGCCGAAAAGCAGCAGCGAUCGAGAAACAGCGCAGAGAGGAAGAGUUGCGCAAUCUGAGGAUAGAGGCGGAUCGACAGCGUGUAGGGGCGGCCGCUGAGAGGAUUGCGCGGCGCAGGCAACCAAAGCCACGAGGAAGAUUCUAUAGUGAUGGCUCCGUGUCAGACUCGGAGGUCGGACCGAUCGGGAGUGGCAGGGAGUCCAGAGAGAAGGAUAUACUCGAUACUGAUUGGAGACUCGGUGCACCUGCUCUUUCUAUGCAAACCCUUAACACAAUCGAUAGCCAACAAUCGCCUACUCAUGCACGAUACGGACUUGAACCUCCAGGGGCUCCACGCAGCACCCUCUUCCUCUCCAAAUCAGAGGAAGACAUCAUUAGGGAAAUUGAGAAGCAAAUUUCUGAGACCACGGGAAAGGCAUACCAAGCUUACGAUAGGACUGAGAUUGAGCGGGACGUCCGGAGGCGGUACGGGGCGUUACACGACUCCGACCGUAGCUGCAGUAGCCAGUAUUCGUCCUCCUCGGGCUCCCGAGGCAGUCUUAGCGACAGCUGGAGUUCGGUCACGUUCGAACUCCCAGACUAUCGCUUAAGGACCGUCCGCCAGAAACUUAAAGAGGAGCUGAAACUCGUCACUGCCGAUAAAAAAGCACAGCUCGACAGGGAUGCUGUGACGAACGAGCCCGCUCGAACUCAUUCCUCCCACGGGAAGGAGUUCGGCGGUAGAGACUCAUCAGCAAUGGGGCUGUUGUACGCCCAUAAAAACAGCGGUAAACUCCAGUUAUUGACUGUUCCGAGUACGGACAAACCAGAUAAGAAGGGUAAUAAACCGAACGCUGGUAACCGCCUCUCGCCGCAAGCGUCUCCCCAGAGGCGGCGGAAUCGCCGUCAAGCCGCCGACUCAGUCCCACCGAUGUUCUCACCGAUUAAAGAAGAUGUCGACAUCGAGGCAGAGGUCAUUCAGUCUCAGGGCAAGCUCUUACAUCACUCGGUUGUUGAGCACGAUGCCAUUCUAAUGCCAGAGGGGGAACAGGGUAACGAGCUUCGGAGGUAUCGUUAUAGAAAUGACGUCACACCGGAAGAGAGGUCAUCCCCUCUCGAUACAUCGACGAGUCAGACGUCAUCGGAGAGUACCUCGUCUGGUCAUCGAAGGCGAAGACGAGAUACACCCGGGAACAUGAGGCCGGAGGAAGCAGACCGUCUGAGUCGUGAAGGAGAAAUCAUCGAGAAACAAAUCCGGGAACAGCAAGACAAAGAGUUCAGAAGGGAGAUCGAACGCCGUAAGAAGCAGAUGGAGGACUCCGCCAAACGGCUGGACGAACUAAAGAUACGACGGGGCAUUGAGUGGUCGGCUGUCGGCGGGGCUCCCUCGUCAAAAGGCGGUCAGGGACCGGUCAAGUUGAGCCAGAGCCUUGACGAGAUCGCACGGAGGGGAGACAGUGACCACUCCCCACUCCGUGACCAUCGACGGUACGGGUCGUUGGAGACAGUGACCAGGGAUCGAACCCGGGGCACCAGAGAGGUUGUGUCAAUGUCCACGCCUCAGCUGACUGACCGCGAGAGGGCAGUCAUUAAACGAGACCAGCAGGGAUUGAUCUUGCCUCUGGAUGAAGAGACGAGGUUGCAAAAGGGUUCUUCGGAGCAGGGGAAGAGACCAACGCGUAGUGGAAGAGACAGCCAUCAUAAACUAGAAAGGUCCUCCUCGCGGGAGAAGCGCCCUCAUCGACAAGACAGCAUGGAGAGUGUUGGCUCCCAUAGGGGGCAUUCUGAGGAUGACGAGGCGGGGUACUCUGACAGUAGCAAGGGAAGCAGUAGACGACGAAGGAGCACCGAGGAACGUCGAAGCUCCGAAGAGUCGUCACGACACCACCGUGACCGUGACCCACCACGUGAUCACCAUCGCCACCAUCAGCGUGACCGUGAUCACGGUCGCUCCUCACCGGCUUCACACGGUCGCUCCUCACCGGCUUCACACGGUCGCACCUCACCGGCGUCACACUACCAGGAGAGUUCCUACCGUGACUACCAGCGCCGACCGCACCAUCGAUCCCGUGAGGAUGUCGUGACGACGCCGAUAGAGGAGCGUGGCAGCCGCGACCGUGACCUUCAUAGGGAGUCAUCGCACCAUCGACAGCAUAGCAGGUCGCGUGAGGACAUCUCGUCGUCUGAGCGUGAACGUGAACGGGCACGCACCAUCAGCCCAAGUCCUGUCCGUGAUCAAGACCGUGAUUCACAUCGUGAGCGUGAACUACACCGUGAUCACAGACGACGUCAGCAUCACCACUCGGGUGAGGACCUCUCCAAAGGUGCUAAGAACAACAGUGAACGGCCGUCGGCAGGAUCUCGUUCAAGAAGUCUUCCAAGGGUGCUACAAUCAGAGAGGAGACAAGCUUCUCCAGAAGAUUACUACUACGGUGAUCAGGUGUAUAGAAUGCAAGCAAGUGAAUGGACACGAAGAGCAGAUGACAGUGGUGACGACGAGGACGAACGGCGGCGACAGGCAAUCUGUCAAAGUGUCCCCGCUGGAUCGCGACACAUGCAGCCACGACAAGUCUCACGCGCCGACUACCAGUUUCCCACCAGACGAUUCCGUCUCCCACGUGAUCCCAAUGACAAGAAGUGCAGAAACCACGGCAUCGGUAUGAGGAUAAUAGGCGGUAAACGGAUACCCGGAUCGGAUCAGCUGGUUGCCUACAUUGCUGAGAUACACAGGGCUGGAGUAGCAGACAGAGAAGGUUUGCGUGAGGGUGAUCAGGUGCUAGAGUGGUGUGGUAUGCCGUUGACUGGACGCACCUACGAGGAGGUCCAGAGAAUAACAAGAACACCCAACGGAGACGUAGAAGUCGUUGUCAAAUGCGGUACGAACUUGUUGGAGUCUCCCAGGCAGCGGACCAGACCUCCCGGUGAUAACAGCCCUCGAUCUCGGGCAACAAGCAACCCACCACAGCUCAUCGAAGAAGAAACACUUGAGGAAGAAGCAAUACGUAAUGGCGUGGAUCCGAGGAUGCUAUCCGAGCGUCUUGAAGGCAUCUCCAAGGCACAGUACGUCUACAGCUCCCCGACUACGUCGGCCAAUACGGAGAAUUCAUCACCAAAGAGAAAAGGUCGAGACAGAAACAAGAAAAUCAGUGGAGAAAUACAGAUUCAGUUAGAUUACGACGGCCGUACUGGUGAUCUGAUCGUCGGUAUACUCCGAGGCCGAAGCCUGGCCCCUAAGGAUAUCAACGGGCUAGCUGAUCCGUUUGUCAAGACGUGCCUUUUACCUGGAAGGGGACCGGAUAAUAAGCGGAAGACUCGGUACGUUCCAAAGACCCUAACCCCGGAAUGGAACCAGACUGUCCUAUACAGAGCCGUCAGACCACAGGAAUUGGCAACCAAAAUAUUAGAGAUAAGCGUCUGGGAUUUCGACCGUUUUACUUUCAAUGACUUCAUGGGUCAGAUCCUAAUAGACCUCUCCGACAGCCAAAUACUAGACAACCGACCACGAUGGUUCUCCCUGCAAGACCAGCCGGCCAGUACCGGUCAACAAGAGGCCUUCUCCCCACGAGCCCUCUCCCCCGUCACCACCGUUCCCGGUAACCACCAAGGCCACCCUCUCAGCAUUCUAACCCGCGGGAGGGGAGCCUCUGUCUCCGGGGACCAUGGAAGUCCGGAGAGGAGGCGCGCCCUCUCGCGGUCGAUGGAGAGGGUGCAGGUGGGGAGUGCGGCACAGCAGUUGAUGGAGUCGGACUCGCAGAGUUCUCGCUCGUCUGGCUACGAAUAUGACACGGACAGGUCCACACAGAGCGACAAGUCUGGCUGGAGCCAGGAACACCCUCACGAUAAGUCAUCAAAAACCCAACCCCCAUCGUCAAAUAAAACCAAAGGAACUCAUCAAAACGGACAUAGGAACAGAGUCAACGGAGGUGAGAAAUCAACAGACAGAACUAAGCCAAGCACAUCCACCCAUGCAACCAAAGAGUCAAGCCCCCCAAAAGGCCAACCGCCCAAAUCGUCACCAACAAGCACCACUAAAAAGCCGUCAAGUAUAAGUACCUCAGUUAAAGUCACAGUGACCACGAAGCAUCCAACGGGGAAGCAAGGACCAAAGGAGACCAAGAGUAACACGCAAGAGAGGAGGACACCUGAAGCCACGAAAAAACAGCAACCGAAACCAAAAAAUCCGCCCGAGAAGAAAGUUCGGAGCAGGACCCUAUCACCAGAAAGGACCACGGACAAAGUGAAGUUAUCACCUAGUAACGUCAGAGCGUCCAAGCCUCGUAAUGAGCCAAGUAUAUUCCAUUACACCAGUACUAACCCUAGCAGAAGGACAGCAUCUGAACAAGCUGAUGGUAAAGGUUCCGUGACGUCCAAGUCUGCUCAGAACUUGAGUAUUUACCACGACAAGCCCUCUACGUCAUCAGAGACCAGGCGCUCCUCGGCAGAGGGACCCGCUCUGAGAGUCAACGGACCGGAAAGCAUUCACGAAGAAGACAGAUUGGAGGAAAGUCCCUCCAGUGACCAGGGCAAGCAUGUGGCAGUCUCACCUACACGGGAACCAGUUAAGACUGAUCAAGAACAAACAGGGAAAGCAGACGUCGUCGAGGUUGAGGAGGGGAGCGUUCAGCAGCAACGGCAGGAGAUACCAGAGGAAAGUGCUCUACUCAACGGCGGGCACGGCAACGAAAGAUUGGUAGGCGGUGUGCCCAGCCUCUGGGUACGUAAGCCACAGUUGGGUACUGGACCCAACCUGGAAGACGACACCUUGAUGCAAAUGAACCUGAAAGCUGCUAUGUAUACCAGAAUGUUUGCCGGGGACCUGGGACCAGGCCAGAUCAUUGAUCCGGAAAUGCCAAGGCAAUCUGAUCUUCUUCUGUAUAGAGGAGACUACGAGACGACUGGUGAGAUACGUAUAGGACUGAAGAAGGAAACUAAAGCGGAUGGGGACAAGUUGUACGUUGAGAUCAUACAGUGUCGCAAGAUCAGCUACAAGUUCAAGACUGAAAACCCACCAGACCUAUACGUCAAGGGUUACCUGGUCGUAGGUGAUCGGAAAGUGUCAAAGAAGAAAACGCACAUUUGCAAAUUCAGCAAGGAACCAAACUUUAACGAAGUGUUCAUGUACAGUACCAGCGUAACAGGCCUUGCUUUACAGGUUUCCCUAUGGGCAGACGGUGGGCGAUUUGGAAGGAACACCUUGCUUGGAGAAGCCAUGAUCUGGCUGGACAAUGUUCCAUUUAUUCCCAACUCUGAAAGCGAGGCUUGGUACAAACUCUUACUCGCCAGCCACAAGUGUUCCUCCAGUCCGUAACGAGUGACGUCACUUCGUUCUAAACUAUACAUCGACGUGAAGUUCAAGAAUAAUCUAAUCUCCUAACUAAUACUCUCCUCGCUGAUCGGACUCUGCCGUCUUGGUCGCGUUCCUUUAACCGUCAUCACAGUAAUUGCAUGUAUGAAGUUCAGUGUCAUGGUUGCCAGUCUAUCUUGCACGGAGUAACAACAUGAAAGUCUUAAUGAACCACACAGUGUUGGGUCAUGACGUCAUUAUCAUGUUAUCGUGUGUGGAAUCGUUGCUAUGGAUGGCCAUGAAGUAAAUGUUAAGGCUAGAGCCAUCUAACAUGUUGGAACCGCUCAAGGUAACCUCGGAUAUACAUGUAAGUUGACAAUAUCAUUGAGGAUCUUCGUGGCACUGCCUUGGUCCACAGGCUAAGCCCCAUGGAUGUGUUUACAUCAUCACUGUAUCAAGAAGGCGACUUUCACUGAACAUCGGUACAAUUUACAAUUGAAGAAUAGACACUAUGUGAGAAACAAACGCCGAACUAUAGACCCCCGGUGCAUUGGCUGCCAUGUUUGAUGAAACGUGCACGUGUGAAGGGCCAUCAUUGGCUGAUAGAUGCACUUUUCCAUUGUUUUAAAUUUUAAAAAUGAUGGUCGAUGGCGUCAUUGUGCAAUCCAUCUAUACCAGUGACACAAUCAUCCAACAGUUUCUACCAGAUGUGUUCUGAGAGCGUUCCCCUCCAUUCAGGAUUACUUAUUAACCAGUCAGUCUGGUUGCUGUAUAACAUUGGACGAAUGCAUACCAGACAUGAGGGUUUCUUAAGAGUAGAAAAAAAAACAUUUUACAAAAAUCGCCGAGAGAUUCCAAGAUGAACUUCCAUCUGCCAUCAAUGUCUGAGUGUCUGACGAGGAGGAACAUUGAAGAAUCUGGACUUGCCUUGGGGAGAUCGUCUCUCCGUCACGUCUGCUCCCCAAAGAGAUCCACUCGAAUCCUUUGCAAUAUACCCUCACUAUAGACUGGUCCCCUGCCCUGAUCUGCAAUGAUAAGGACAUGUGCUGGCUUUUAUGUAUACGCAUGUUCGUCGGAUUUUUUUUGUGAAUCUCCAGAACAAUGAAAGCCACGUGAACUGAUGCGGGGUCAAAGGUGAUAAUGCAGGUGGGCUCAACAGCAGAUCUCUGAUGGCGAAAUUCACGAGCCACGAAGUGCGAGUGUGAUGUCAAAUGUUUAGGCUACCUCCAAACUUACUCCAAGUGUUCAACUCGCCAACAAAUUUCUCUAUACGAGAAGCCAUAAAUCUUUACCAGAGACAGAUUCUACCAUCAAAGGAA